AACACCCACAUUAGUUUUCUUGCAGUCUUGCAAAUAUAUUGUUAUAAGUAACGUUGAAAUUUAACACAGCUUAUACCAAUAAUACUUUUAAUACAAAGUAAAUUCUAUUAGACAUAAAUUCAGAGUAAAACUUGAGGCUUUUUCGCAUAUAAUGACUAACCCUACCCCACUUAGAGAUUGCCUUUUUUAUCAGCGAUGCUUUAUCAUUGAGAUUCCAAUUCGCUAACGAAACGGUCGCUUUCGAUAUUAACACACAAAAAAUACAUUUAAAUGAUUUAUUUUUAACGGUAAAUGAACGUUGAUCUAAACUUGUUUGGUGACUAAAUGAAUGUCCUGCGCAAAAAAACGGUGAAUUUGUGACUACCUAAUAUGAAAUGGCGUUUGACAAGUUGAUGCUGAAAAUUAUACUGGACCUCUUUGUAUUAGCAUGCGUGUCAGUACCCCUGCUAGUAAUACAACUGGUGGCGGAGCCCUAUCACCGGGGCUACUUCGCCAAUGAUCUGUCCCUCAUGCUGCCGUACAAGCAGCAGCAAAUAUCGGAAGGCCUGCUGGCGGGCGUCGGCUUUGCUCUCAACAUUUUUACGAUAAUAAUCGUGGAAUUAGUUCGGGAUAAGCAAGGGAAGGGCGUAGGCGACAAGUUCCUCUUCGGAAACCUGGUCCCUGGCUGGCUCUGGGAGAGCUACACGUCGAUCGGAGUGUUCACCUUCGGUGCGGCGUGCCAGCAGCUCACUGUGAACUCUGCUAAAUACGUCAUCGGCAGGCUGAGGCCGCAUUUCUUUGAUGUCUGUCAACCAGUGCCAGUCCCAUCAUCAACCCUCAACACUCUGGGCUACAUCCAGGAGUUCACGUGCGCUGGCCCAGAGGCGGACUCGGCGCGCCUCACAAACAUGCGGCUCUCCUUCCCUAGCGCACACUCCAGCUUCGCCAUGUACAGUGCUGUGUUCCUCAUUUUCUACAUCCAAGUGAAAGGCAAAUGGCGCGGUUCCAAACUCCUACGUCACGGCUUCCAGUUCGCAUUACUUAUCGGUGCGUGGUACGUAGGGCUGUCGCGUGUGGUGGACCACAUGCACCACUGGAGCGACGUGGCCGUUGGCUUCGCCAUUGGCGCACUUUAUGGCGUUGUUGUGUUUAUCUUCAUAUUGAAACCAAAGAAAUACGGACCGCCCGCGUCCUGGGAAAGCGCUCCACCAGAGAUGUUGCCGAGACCUGUGCUAUCCCGAUGACCCGCUUUUCAGAAAAAGAUGAUGGAUUUCAGACUC